AUGACGAUACUGGACAAUAAUGACCAAGAUCUCAUGCAACUCUGGCAGAUUAUUACGGAACUUAGCGAUCAGUUGAACCAAAAUCGGACUCUUUCGGUGUCGUUGUAUGCGCAGGCAGGGAAUGUUAAGAGCCAGGCCGUUCACACACAAACAGGAUUUGUACUGCGCAGGUUCAACCUCGAUAAGAGCCAAGAGGAAUAUGAUGCCGAGUUGGAACGAAUGAACACGACGAUGAGCUCCGAAAAUCAAAGUCUGCAGUAUGACAACAAGCAGCUGAAUACGCUCAUCAAAGAAUACGAGCAAACCUUGGAGACGGUGAUGAGCAACUUUCGUAAUCGCGCUAAAGACGUCCAAGAACGCGAACUGUCUCUGAUACGUGAAUACGAGACAAGGUUGUUAGCACUGGAAGAAGACAACGCUGCUAGGGAUUUAUCGACUAGUACUGCUACGUCGGGAGCUAUCACACGUCUCUCUACGAUAAUGCGCCGGGUACUCCGGUCUCUUGAGGGCGAAGAUGCGGAACAUGCCUCGGAGGAACAGGCGGCGGCGUCCUUGGAGAGAGAGAUCGAGCUUGCGCGCCUGGAGAAGGAGAAUGAGGAGUUGAAGAGGAUGUUGGGGCUCCUGCCGCCGUUGCAGGCAAGGAGGGAGGGAUACGAUUCAAGGACGCUUUUCGAGCCGGGUAAGUCGCGUCCGGUUGGUAUUACGUCCAGUGGAUCAUCUGUGGGUCCUUUUGGCACGUUCAAACGGAAUCGACCUGUGGUCUAG